CUGCGGGCCUGCGGCAGAAAGAGAGUGUGUGAGAGAGUCCACCUCUGGUGCCUUCUGCUUCCUUCCUUCCCUCCUCCUCUUCCCCCUUCCCCUCCAAAAACCCAAUUAAAAACAGCACCUUUCCUGCCCUUUCCCCCAUCAUCCCUCGAUCCCCUCGCCAGAAGAUCCGAUCCCGAGCGAGCCCCGUAUCCCCCCGAUCGUUCUCCGUUCCAGGCGCACUCUAUACUGGGAAUACUCUCUUGUGGCGUACGGCGGAGGGAGGAAAGGAAAUGUUGUCCCUGUGAUUGAUGCGACGGCUUCUUGGCUGGGGGGGUGGGGCGCCGCUGGAUAUGAGCUGCUUCUCGUGCUUCGAUUCCCCCGCGGACGAGCAACUGAACCCCAAGGUAGGUGGUAGUAGAUAUGGAGGUUCGUCCGUGGCCGCGGCGUCCUAUGGUGGUGGCGUUGGCGGCGGCCGGCAGGGGGAGAUGAGCUACCCGGAGCUGCACCAGCCCAUGGCUGCGCCGCGCAUCGAGAAGCUCUCCUCAGGGGCUGGACAUGCCAGGGUGAAAGGCAAUGCGAUAGCACGAGAGGCUUCAGUGCCGAAGGAUGCUAAUGGGAAUGUCAUCUCGGCACAGACUUUCACCUUCCGAGAGCUGGCAACAGCGACGAGGAAUUUUAGGCAGGAGUGCUUUCUUGGAGAAGGGGGAUUUGGGCGUGUUUACAAGGGCCGUAUGGAGAGCACAGGCCAGGUUGUUGCUAUAAAGCAACUUAAUAGGGACGGGCUUCAAGGAAAUAGAGAAUUUCUUGUGGAAGUUCUCAUGCUUAGUUUGCUGCACCACCAAAACCUUGUUAGUUUGAUUGGUUAUUGUGCGGAUGGAGAUCAGCGCCUUCUUGUUUAUGAAUAUAUGCCCUUCGGAUCAUUGGAAGAUCAUUUGCAUGAUCUACCUAUCGACAAGGAGGCGUUAGAUUGGAGCUCAAGGAUGAAAAUUGCGGCAGGGGCUGCUAAAGGGCUGGAGUAUCUCCAUGACAAAGCUAAUCCACCAGUUAUUUAUAGAGACUUCAAGUCAUCAAACAUCCUCUUGGAUGAGAGUUUCCAUCCAAAGCUGUCUGACUUUGGCCUUGCAAAGUUGGGUCCUGUUGGUGACAAAUCGCAUGUCUCUACACGUGUAAUGGGAACAUAUGGCUAUUGUGCUCCAGAAUAUGCUAUGACAGGACAAUUGACAGUUAAAUCCGAUGUGUAUAGCUUUGGAGUUGUCUUACUUGAGUUGAUUACUGGGCGGAGGGCCAUCGAUAGCACCCGGCCUCAUGGGGAACAAAAUCUUGUGUCAUGGGCACGACCUCUUUUUAAUGACAGAAGAAAGCUCCCUAAAAUGGCUGACCCGAGACUGGAAGGCCGAUAUCCCAUGCGUGGUCUUUACCAAGCACUUGCGGUGGCUUCGAUGUGCAUUCAAUCAGAGGCUGCAUCCCGUCCACUUAUUGCGGAUGUUGUGACCGCCCUUUCCUACUUGGCUUCUCAAUCAUAUGACCCUAAUGCGCCUCAUGCUUCAAGAAAGCCUGGUGGUGAUCAGCGAAGCAAGACUGGCGAAAACGGCAGGGUGGUCUCCAGGAACGAUGAAGCUGGCAGCUCUGGCCACAAGUCACCAGGCAAGGACAGGGAGGAUUCCCCGAAUGGGCUUCCAGGUAUCGUGAAUAAGGAUCUCGAGAGGGAGCGGAUGGUAGCGGAGGCGAAGAGAUGGGGUGACCGGGAACGGAUGGUGGCGGAGGCGAAGAUGUGGGGUGACAGGGAACGGAUGGUGGCAGAGGCAAAGAUGUGGGGUGAGAAUUGGCGGGAGAAGAAGCACGCCGACACAAACGGGCAGGGGAGCCUGGAUUCUCCAACCAGAAAUGGCUAGGGGCAUUCUUCGAAGUUUCCAUCCAUCCAUCCAUGCAUGCCCUGUUUUUAUUUCCUACACUAUUUUCUUCAGUUGGAGGGGAGGGGAGGGUGGUUAGAUGUACAUUUGUAGAGAGAAAGAGAGGAAACGGGGAUCUGUAUUGGAUAGUGAAUGCAUGCGGUUGUACUUGUAAAUUCUCAGAAAUUUUGUGAGUGAAAAAAAAAGACACUUUUGAGUUCCA